AUGCAGGAAGAGGAUCCGCUGUUCGGACUGGCCGCGCCUCCGGAGAUGGGUCUCGGCUUUCAGGAGAAGAUUGGCGCAGAAGCCGCCAUUGACGGUAAGUUUUGGGGGGUUUUUUGAUGUCGUAAGGUAAAAUAUUGUGGGUCAUUUUGUUCGUUAUGCAAUCUCAGAGAAGCUGGCAGUAUAACAAUCAUAUAAAUUAGUUUUUAGACCCUGUUAUUUUCAAUUUACUGCGUAAUUUUUGAAAAAGUCAUCAAAAAACGGGGUAUAUUCGAAAAAUCUCAUUUUUUCUUGCUGAAAAUCGUCAAAGAUCAAUGAUUUAUUACUCUAGAGUUAAUUUCUGAGCCUUGUAGUGCAUUUAUGAAUCCACAGCUGUUUUAAAAAUUAUGAUUUUUUUGCAGAAUUUUUUGAUUUUUUCAAACUUUUUUGUCUAGAACAAGGUCUUAAUGUUUGGCCUAUAUCUUCAUCAGUACUAAAGAUUAUGAAGGCAUGUUACUAUCGUUAGAGACGCCAAAGAUUCCUCUUUUUAUCGUAUAUACCGUAUCUUCAAAAUACUGAAAACUUUUUGAGUAGCGACCAAAAAUUCUCAGAUGAAAUUUUUAGCCCUUGCUUUUCAAAAAAUCUCAAUUUUUUGCUUUCCAGGCCUUCCAAAUUUCCGAAACAAUUUUUUGGUCUUUAUUUAUGUCUCGCGAAACACGUUUUUUACAUUUACACAUUGUGCAAUUGUAGACAAAACGAGCUUUUUAUGGGAAUUGAUUAGGUCCCUCGGCCUGACUUCCCGCAAUCCGGCCCAUUCGUUUUAAUGAGGACAACAUAAAAAAAUGCAAAUUUUUAAUUCCGUUUGCGUUGCGUAAAAGUUCGAAUUUCAGAGGGCAAGGAAUCGGUUUGCCGGGCUUUGACGAGUGCAUAUCAGAUUUGCGAAAAAAUGAAUUUUAGUGGGGAAAAAUCAUAAUUUUUGGUUAAAAGUCGAUUUUCUCGGAGAGGGAUGGGCCAAUUUGCUUGAAAUUUGGCACGGGUGUUGUGCAUGGGUUGUAACGUAAUGGGACAAAAUUUUAGUAGACGAUUUUGUUGCAGAGCCGAGAUAUUCAAUAUAGGCUAGUCCACAUUAUUUUCCCGACUGCCCAUUGCCGAAUCCACAUUAUUUUUCCGACAGCCCAUAGGCGUUUCCAAAUUAUUUUCCCGAUAGAAUAUAGGCGAGUCCACAUUAUUUUCCCGACAAAACAUAGGCGGAUCCGCAUUAUUUUCCCGACAGAACAUGGGCCAAUCCACAUUAUUUUCCCGGCAGCACAUAGCCGAAUCCGCAUUAUUUUCCCGACAGCACAUAGCCGAAUCCACAUUAUUUUCCCGACAGGUAUUUUCAUAAAGUGCAUAAACAUUUGUCGCGGCCCGCACCGUGCACAGAAACUCCCAGUUUUCGCACCGUGCAUUCCACCUUUUUUGGUUUUCGCACUGUGCACCGAAAUAUCGCUGCGACACAGGAAAGUCCCAACUACGUCGCUGCGCCAAAAAAUUGCACUGUGCAAACGGCUUUUCAUGAGGUUUGCACUGUGCGAAAAGCGGAAAUGCACUGUGCGUUCGCGACAAGCGGGGGAAAAGUUCAAAAUGCACUGUGCGAAAAGCAGAAAAUGCACAGUGCGUUAGCGACAAGCGUGGGAAAAAUGUUCGAAAUGCACUGUGCGUUCGCGACAAGCGUGGGAAAAGUUCAAAAUGCACUGUGCAAAAAGCAGAAAAUGCACUGUGCGUUCGCGACAAGCGUGGGAAGAAAGUUCAAAAUGCACUGUGCGUUGGCGACAAGCGUGGGAAAAGUUCAGAAUGCACUGUGCAAAAAGCAGAAAAUGCACAGUGCGUUCGCGACAAGCGUGGGAAAAAUGUUCGAAAUGCACUGUGCAAAAAACGGAAAAUGCACAGUGCGUUCGCGACAAGCGUGGGAAAAGUUCAAAAUGCACUGUGCAAAAAACGGAAAAUGCACAGUGCGUUCGCGACAAGCGUGGGAAAAGUUCAAAAUGCACUGUGCAAAAAACGGAAAAUGCACAGUGCGUUCGCGACAAGCGUGGGAAAAACGUUCGAAAUGCACUGUGCGAAAGGGAAGAGAACUUUUUUCGCGGCGCACAGUGCAUUUCGCCCCUUUUUGCACGGUGCAUGCCACAUUUACUGUUGUCGCUCGGAAUUGCACAGUGCAAUCAGUUUUUUUGGGGUUUUGCACUGUGCGAAAAAAGGAAAAUGCACUGCGUACGCGACAAGCGUGGGAAAAGGUUCAAAAUGCACUGUGCAAAAGAGGAAAAAAUGUCCAUGCACUUUAUGAAAGUCUACUAAUUGGAAAAAAUUGAUUUUUUUGCUGGAAAUUUUCUUUUCAUUUUAGAAAUCGAUUAAAAAUUUGAAUUUUUAGGAUUUUUUGAUUCAAAAAAGCUCGUAAAAUUACUGCAAAGCGUGAGCUAAAAACCUCAAAAAUCCCUUAAAAAAUCUCAAUCUUAAUGUUUCUCAAGUUCCCAUCAAACUUUUCGCCUUUUUUUUGUACGAAACAUUAGCAUUUGCAUGGUGCACAAAAGGUUCACCGUAUGGCCAACACGGCUCGCGUGAGAAUGCGCGCUGUAAAGAUCGGAGUUUUCAGAAUGUUGCCAAAGGAAUUCUUCGAUGUUUGUGUUGACAUUGAGUGUAAAAUGGAGGGGAAUUCCAAGGGAUUUCGGUGUUAUAAUCGCUUUAUUUGGGUGUUUAAUCGAUUAAAAAUAGGUGAAAAAACGCUCUAAAAUUAAUAUCUGGCCUAUUUAUCGCAUGAUUUAUCCAAAAAAUUUCAUUUUUAGCAGAGAAAAUUUUUGAGAUUUUUUGAUUUUCAAAACUCCAUAUCUCAAAGAUUUUUGUAUACCGCGCUUUGAAAUUUCUACCAAUGUCUACGGCAACUGUGUUUUUCAAAUGUACCAAAUUUCAAGUCAAUCCAUUGCUUUACUACUGAGUAGUGACCAAAAUUGUAAAAAAAAAUUUUUUGAUUUUUUCAUGAAAAAUAUUCUUUUUUUGAUAAAAAUAAACAUUUCUCAUGACAAAAUGACUCAUCUAAACUCCUUAAAAUUUCAUCUCAAACUCGCACGCCCAAAAAAUCUCAAAAAAUCCUACUGUAUUUUGGGUAUUUUUUGGUAUUCCGUUUCCCAAGUUUUCGAAUGUUUCCCUCGCCGGCGGGCCUCACCCCUCUCGGCCGAUAACACUGUCGGCAGUAGUCGCGGAGGGAAACGAGAUAGUGGCGCUGGAAGUGUGGGCGCCGGUGAUAAGCCCCCCGUUUUUUCGCCCGGGCCGCUCCCUCAAUUUUUUUGGCCUCGCGAUUGUUUGGUUCGGGUAAUUUUUGCGCUCUUUCAGACCGAAUGCUCUACAAGACCUGCAGCGGUUGCGGAUUCGACAUCAACGACAGGUGAGUGGGGCUGUAAACGGCCGUUUUUUCCACAUCUUGGAACAUCUUUCUUAUCGGAAAGGUUUGAGAUUGCAAAAUUUUCGGAAAACGUUCCGCAAAUGGGAAGUGGAAGAGAGUGAUCGGAGAUCCUUUUAGUAUGUGAUAGAAGGAACUCAACUUAACUAUAUUUAAUUUGUUAUCAACAUGAAGCAAGAAAUUUUGUAGCCUAUGGCAUCAGUUAUGUUACCCAUGUCGAAAGACGAACCGGUCUCAAAAAAUCGGUCAUAAAAGUAAAUUUUCUGGACACUGACAACGGAUAAGGCAUAAACGUAGCAGCUACAGCGCUAGGGCUUCCAUAAAGAUUUACAGCUUGUAAACAGAGAGCUUUACUCAGGCCCUGGAGAUCAAUUAUAUUACCCAUGUCGAAAGACGAGCAGUUUUCAAAAAAUCUGCCAUAAAAGCAAAUUUUCUAGAUACUGGCAUGUAAUAAGGCAUAUACAUAGCAGCUACAAUGCCUAGACCUUCCGUAAAUACUUAUAGUUUGUUAACAGAAAGCGUCACUCAGCCUCUGCACAUCAAUUAUAUUACCCAUCCCUAAUGGAUGCAGAGUUUUUGAAAACCUUGACUGACAAGAAAGCAGACAAAAUCUGAUCAAUAACCAAGAUAGCCCUAGAUACUUCAUGUCAAAUUGUCAUGUAUUUUGUCACUCCCGAGCCAAGAUAAUCAUUUUCUCCUUCUCUAAACAUCAAUUAUAUUAUCCAUCCUAAGAGAUGGGGUAGUCCCAAGAAAAUGACUUUUAAAGGUUGAAAAUAUUAGAGUUGCUCUAGGAAACUUUCAGUAAUACUACGAUAGCCUCUAUAUAUCCGUUUGGUCGGUAAAAAAAUAAAUUUUUCCUUUUGGGUCACUGUAAUUUACCGAGUUUUUUCAAAAACCGAUGACUUCUGGAAAUCCCGGAGUCUUUCGUAUAAAAUGUCGUUUUUCCGGUAAACUGGUAUACUAUCUUUCUGGAAAACUACAUUCGUGCGUUCAGAACUCUCAAAUUCUUCGCUUAACCGCAAUCUUCAAAGCGAUUUCCGGAGAUUAUCAAAGAAUUAAAACUUUUGCCCAACCAAUGAACCUCCACUAUCUCUAAAAUGAUCCGCCCGCAAAAACUCGAGUUUUUUCUGGCGGUAGCAGACUAGAAACUACAUUGGGAUAUCCCUAAAAUGUAAACAAACAAGAUUCCCUUUGUCCUACCGUCUCCGCGAGAGCGCCUUGAGCAGUGCGGGCUUAUCAGCGGCGUCUAAAAAUAAGGUGCCGAUCCCAUGCGGCGUUUUCAAUCGAUUCUAAGCCGCUUUCGCUGCUCGAGCACCGGAAAUGCGAUACUAGGUGCGUUCGGAGAGUGUUUGAGCCUAUUUUUGUGUUUUUGUCAAGGACUUUAUUGGGAAUUUUGAGUGAAAUUUUUUGAACUUUUUGUUUGAAGAUAUUGAAACUCCGUCGUAUUUUACAAAAUUUUUAUCGUUUUGACGAUUCUAGAGGUCAAAAAACAAUUUCUUUUUUAAAUUUUGCAAAAAGUAUCAAAAGUUAUCAAAAAGUAUCCAAAAGUAUCAAAAAGUAUCCCAAGUUGUCAUAGUCUUGAAACUUGAAAAAAAUCGAAUUUUCAAGCAUUUUUUUCAAUUUUGUUUAAGUUUGAGGUUUUUAGCGCUCACAAAAUACAAUUUUUCCCAAAAAAAAGCUCAAAAUUCCACCAAUUUCUCGAGUCCAGCCUAAAUUUCAAGCAAACCAAAACACGAACGUUUCCUGAUAAGCCCUCCGGCAUCUACGCGGAGGUGGAUUAGCCGCUGCGCGAGGGGCCGCGUUCCCGGGGAUUAUCUCCCCUCCCCCUACUCACCUUUGUCCCGAGAAAGCGGGGAGAUGGAAUAUUCGAUAUCCUCGGAUUUCUUGACUAGCCGAUUAGGCCUCCAAAGCACCUUGUUCCCAAGUUAAAGCAUGGCAUUUGGUCGGAAAUCCCACCGCACAGUGGGAUUUGUUUUUUCUUCCGACUGCACUGUGCGGUCUAAGAAACUUGUUUUGCUGCACUGUGCGGUCCAAAAAAUUCGUUUCAACUGCACUGUGCGGCCUUAUAAAAUUGUUUCCUUGCACUGGGCAGUCAAAAAAAGUUUUUUCCGCCUGCACUGUGCAGUCAAAAAAAGUUUUUUCCGACUGCACUGUGCAGUCUAAGAAUUCACUUCCACUGCACUGUGCAGUCUAAAAAUCCACUUCUCCUGCACUGUGCGGUCUAAUAAAAUUGUUUCUUUGCACUGUGCAGUCAAAAAACUUUUUUUCCGACUGCACUGUGCGGUCUAACAGACCUUUUUUUACUGCACAGUGCAGUUUAACGGACGUUUUUCACUGCACUGUGCAGUCGAAUAAAUUUCUGUCGACUGCACUGUGCGGUCUAAGAAUUCACUUCUACUGCACUGUGCAGUCUAAUAAAACUGUUUCUUUGCACUGUGCAGUCAAAAAACUUUUUUUUUUCCGAUUGCACUGUGCGGUCUAACAGACCUUUUUUACUGCACAGUGCAGUCUCAAAAUUUUUUUUUUGGUCGCACUGUGCAAUCUAACAAAGUUUUUUCACUGCACUGUGCGGUCUCAUAAUUGACUUUUCCAUUGCACAGUGCAUUAAAAAAAUUAAAAUUUCUUCUGGUUGCACCGUGCAGUCUAAAAAUUUUCUUCCGUUUGCACUGUGCAGUCUAAUAAACUUUUUUCACCGCACCGUGCGGUCUAAAAAAUAGAUUUUUUCGCUGCACCGUGCAGAUUUUUUAUAAUUUUCUUCCUAUAAUACCUCCAUUUCCGGUGUCAAAAAGCGUUCAAAAAGUGUAAAACUAUGUUUGCAGAGUUGUUUUGAGUCCAUCCUACUAAAUUUAUAUUGCACUAUACACCAAAAAAUUUUUCCGAUAUUAUCCUUGAUAAUAAAAAAAAAUUUUCAAAAAAUAAAAAUGUUUGGUUUCAGAUACCUUUUGUGUGUGCUGGACAACGUGUAUCACGAGUUUUGCCUGCGGUGCUGCGCUUGCGGAAGAGCAAUGGCCGACUGUAAUAGCUGCUAUUUCAAGGCGGACAAGAUGUAUUGCAAGGAUGACUACUACAUGUAAGUUGUGUUUCAGAGGCCUAUUCUUUGAUUGGAUCUAAUUUCAUAUCGAUUGAAAUCGAUUGGACCUUAUUUUUGACCCAUUUAUUACUACAAUAUCAAAAAAAAAAUCCAAAAAAUCCCAAAAAUAUUUUCAAUUCUCUCCCCGAUUUCAAGGUCAAACGCGCCGGGGAAUAAUCGAAAAGUGUGGCAAGAUUGCGUGCCUCUCAUCCCGAACACUCGGCCAGAUUCGAGCCGCUAAUUAAUCGCGCCUUGAGAUUGGGAUCACAAAAGAAAAAAGAGAAAAGAAGCAGCGAAAAUUGCGUCCCUCCGGGGGAAAUAUUGUCGGUAAAGAGGUUUGAGAUAAGGUCAACAGCGUCUGCGGAUGCGCCAAGUUGCGGUUAGCGGGUGGGGUUACUGUAGAGGAUUGGGAUUUUUCUCGUUUUUUGAGGGGGACUUUUUCUUCUUGAUGACUUGGAAAAGAUGGUUGUAACCAGAGAUUGCCACGGUCAAAAUUUUGGCUCCGGCUCCGGCUCUUAGCUCCCAGAGCCGGAGCCGAGGCCAAAUUUGCAGCUCCGGCUCCGGCUCCCGGCUCCCAUGAAAAAUUUAAAAAGGUCUUCGGCUCCGAAUCCCGGCUCCCAUUCAAAAAAAUUUUAAAAAUAUUUUUCCAAAUAAAAAGUUAUUAGUGCCAGAGAUCACACACCCAACGUUUUUGCAGUAUGCAUCACAUCUUUACCAGUAUUUUUUAAGCAAUUUGGUUUAACAAGAUUAUGGAAUUUUUACUUUUUGAACGCUGAGAAGCCUGGCUCCGACUUUGGGCUCGGGAGCCGGAGCCGUACCCAAAAUUACCGGCUCCGGCUCUGGCUCCCGGCUCGGAGCCGGAGCCGCUCCGAGCCGGAGCCAAGAGCCGGCUCCGGAGCCGUGGCAAUCUCUGGUUGUAACUAAAGUUACAGCUGGGCUGGAAUGAUGGGCUUGGGCUUGAAUUAAAGCUGACAGUAUGUGUUGUGCAUAGAAUAAAACAAUUUAGUUACUGCAUGGCCAGAAAUUUCGUUUUUGGCCAAAAAAUAUAGAUAAAUCUGAUUUUUCGGGGUUUCAUGGUUAUCGGAAAGAAGUGGUUAUAGGUAAAAUACGGCAGGCCACUGAAGUACUUUUUAUAGUCCAAUCUGUAGCAUACUAAGUGUUUUUUAUUAUGCCAUCAAGACUUGAGAUUCUGUUGGCCACAACUUUUGUUUUUGGCCAAACAAAAAUUUGACUCAAUUUUCCGAUCCUUUGGAAAAAAGUGAUUUUUCUAAAAUACGAUUCGCUAUAAAAAACGUAUUUUUGGCUUGUUUUACAGAGCAUUCCAUUACCUGUCAACUACCAUACAUUGCUUUCUAAUAUGUCUUUCCGGUUUUGUGAAAUUUCAUUUUCCUUUUUCCCCUCCCCAUUUCUCCCAAGAUUCCAGAAUUUCUCUCCGAAAAUCCCCAAAUUCCCCGCUUAUCCCCUCCAAGACCAAGACUACUGUGUGGAUGACUGUACAAAGAGAGCCAAAGCUCAGUGAAGAGUCUAAUCCGUUCCUUCCGCUCCCCUCUUUCUCCUACACUUUUUUUUUGCGAAACCCCCAUUCUUUCACGUGUUCCCCCCGCAGGCAAAUCCCUGCUCUAAUCCCGCCAGAUUAUGCGCACCUAAUCCGCCGCGAGAUAAAGGACUUUUUCCUGUAGCAACAAUAUGUUUGUGGAGCGGGGACAAUGGGGUUUUGGGCCAUACGGAAAAAUGUUGGAGUUGAUCCGGGUCUCGAGCCAUUUUCGAUUAGUUUUACUGUGGAAUUUUGUCGGGACUGUUUAUGGAAGUGAGGGAGAGAAUAUUUGAUACAUAAUUACGAAUUCGUUAAGGAGAUUUAGUCUGUUCUUCGAGGAUAAAAACAGAAUUUUUAACAAAAAAAUAGGAUUUUUUUCAAAAACCAACGAUUUUUUGCAAAUUUCGACAAGUUUAGGUUCAAAAAAGAGGCGUUCAGGUGCAAAUAUGUAUUUUACAAAAAGUUUUAACCUUAUUGUUUACUAUGAAUACCACGAAAAUAUCAAAACAUUCAUCCGCAGUCGACAGGAUUCGAACCUGUGCGGGCAGAGCCCAAUUGAUUUCUAGUCAAUCUCCUUAACCACUCGGACACGACUGCACACUCCGAAUUCUCUUUCGUUUUCGUUCAGUUUGGGCGGGAAAAUCAAAAGCGACAUAUUUCGCACGGUGCGAAGAAAAAAGUGAGUUCGAUUGCACUGUGCGGCGAAAAAAAUUUUUCGCACUGUGCAGAUGCAUUUUUUAGGAUUAAUUUGGGGAAAUAAAAGGAAAAAUAGGGGAAAAAAGGUGGGGGAAAUGUUAGAAACAGUUGGAAAAUGUAAUUUUACAAAUUUUAGGAGGGUUUACAUCUGUAUGUAACUUUACAUUUUUGCAAAAUUUUGCAUUUUUUUGCAAAAUAAUAAAAAAUUUUUGAAAAAUGCGAGUAAAAAAUGCGCUUUUGACCUUCCAUUUUUUUGAUUUUUCCAGAAAAAUAAAUUUUUACUCCACUGUCAGGUCAAAAAUCAAAAAAUCUCGAUUUUGACCCCAUUGCGCAAUCCUACAAUAUUAUCCUUCCGCUCGCUGACCGCUAAUCCUCACUCUCGGGAUUGUCAAGUGUUCAAGCGCGUGAAAUUGGCGUCUUGUCAUGCUCAAGAUCAAUCAAGUCCGGAUAUGUCGCCCCGGCCUUGACACCUCCACUCAAGAGCGCGAAAAGAGCGGGCCAAAUAAUGCUGCUGACAAAUAAGGAAGGAAUUGAAGGGGGAUCGCUGAGGACGCGGGGACGAAUUGUUGGGCCAAGGAGAGGGAUGGAAAGUUGGGAAAUUAGGGAUGGUGUUAAAAAAAAAAAAAAAAAAAAAAAUUUUAAAUAUAAUAAUUUUUUUGAAAGUAUUGGCCAAAAUAGAUUUAAAAAAUUUCCAAGGCAUAUCGAAGCUUUUUAGUUGGCACCUGGCUUAAAUCACUGAGAUUUUUAUAUUGAAAAAUCUCAAAAAAAAACAAUCUUUUUCAAAUUUUCAUAAUGAAAAAAUGGCGAUAAAAACAAAAUGUAGAGUAACACAUUUUUACAAAAAAAAAAUAUUUUUUCCUACCAAAAUUCAAGAGUUUCAUCAAAAUCCAAAGCCUUAAAAUUAAAAAACAUCCCAAAAAAUGAUUUUCCAUUAAACACUUUUCACCGUAUAAAAUGUCCCUCUUCCUGUUCUCGGAUCAAAUUUGUUGCAUUACUCUUUUAUUCGCCCAAUAAUUGAUCGCCAUUUAACUUUUAAUUACAACUUUAUGAAUCUUUGACCUUGCAACACGUUUCAUCGUAUAAAAUGUCUCCAAUGUGUUAACACUUUGAUUUUCUCCAAUUUUGAUUUGAUCCCGUCUCUCUAUUUUUUCGUUCACAGUAAGAUUUGGAGUCUUACAGCUUCAUUAUUCACAAAAAAAGUGAAAUUAAAAUACACCAAGUGCAAGGGGCCAAUAAAGUUUGUAAUAACCCCGACCAAUAACAAAAACUAUUUCCAUUUUUUAAUUCCCAAUCUAUCCUCUUCACACUUUAUUGCCGUAUCAGCAUAACAAUGCGAAUCUCGCCGAUUUAUGGCUUCCUGUUUGGCAAUCUUUAAUUUACAACCGAACAAACACGCUUACUUUGCUUCGCGGCUACGGUAUUUGUUUACUCAUCGUGCCAUAAAUGCGGCGGUUUAUGAGAAAAGCCGAAAUUUGUUUGCGCAUCCGGCCCUCAGGGCAUUUGUACCGUAGGCCGAAGAGUGGAGGGGGAUGCAUCGAAAAAAGGAAGCGUCUUGAGAGGAAUGGGGAAGAUAUGUGUGUAUAAGAUGGAUAUAUGUAAAAAAAGAUAGAAAACGAGAUUUUUUGAAAUUAAAAACGAUUUUUAAAAUACGAAUGUUAAAGUUUAGUAGUUCAUUUUUAAUCAUGAAAUUGUUCAAAAGCAGUACUUUUGCAUAUUAAUUCUUUUUUGCUUAUCGAAAAUUUUUUUGUGACGGAUUUUUUAAUGGAAAAAAAGAUGGAAAACGGGGUUUUUUCGAAAAUAAAAAUUAUUUUUUAAAAUACGAAGUACUCUCUUGCGAAUUGUUUUUGCGUAUUAAAUCCUUAUAAAUAUUUAUCAAUUGAAAAUAAAAAUGGAUUUUUAAACUACGAGGAUUUUUAAUGGGAAAAAUGAUGGAAAAAUGGGAUUUUUUGAAGAUAGAAAUAAUUUUUAAAAUACGAAAUUGCUCGUCGAGUCAUACAUUUUUAAUUAUCAAUUUUUUGAGCCAUUUUUUAUGAUAAAAAAAGAUGGAAAAACGAGAUUUUUUGAAAAUAAAAAUGAUUUUUAAAAUACGAGAGUUAAAGUUGAGUAGUUCAUUUUUAAUCAUCAAAAAAAUUUUUUGAGCGAUUUUUAAUGGGAAAAAUGAUAAAAAAAUGGGUUUUUUUAAAGUUAAAAAUGAUUUUUAAAAUACGGUAGUCAGCCAUAAUUUUCACAUGUUAAAGUGCGAGGUUCGCCAACACUAUGCCCCAACUGUGAUUGUUUUCCCGUCGAGACGCGGGGGGUCAGACUUGACACAUAUUUGUCAAGUGUUUCUCAUGAAAAAAUUUCUUUUUCCGAGCUCGAAAUUCGAGCGAAUCAAGAGGAAGGUCAAUUUUAUCGAUGGUGUAAGGUGAGUUCUUGCGUUUUUGUUGAGUUAUUAUGUAGAAUAGGUCAGCGUCAAGCUUUGGCAAAUGUGUUUAUGUGGUUUUGGAAGACUUUUGAGUUAUAUUCUUCAAGUGAGCACGAAUUUCAGGUAUGCCCCGAAUGCGUGUUUACGAAGUCGCAACCUUCUACACAAUGUUGGAACCAGUGGGCAAAUACUUCCUCCAGAUGUGUGCUACGACACCAUGUAUACUUCGAGCAGCCGAAUCCAUCACCUAAAAGCUGAUCAUCAAGCCAGGUCAAUCCAAAUGACGCAAGGUAAGCUUUUGAAGUUUUUUUUUUUUUAAUUUUAGGUGUUUUAGUUGGCUGUUGACUUGUUGUAGUAGGCAUUGAGAACUGAAUUUUCUACAUAUAGACAAGAGCGUAAAAAUGCUUUGUGAUGAAUAACUGGUCAGCUAGGGUGCGUCAGCUGUUGAUAACCUUUUUGCAGAUUUUUGUGUCAUAAUUUUAAGUUGUCUUCUAAAUCAUUGUUCAAUUUCAGGUAUGACCUGAAUGCGUUUUUACGAUCCUCACGAUAUUCAACCGGGAACCAGUGAGCAAAUACUUCGCGAAGAUGCUACGAAGGGCCGAAUCCAUCAUCGAAACCAUCACCUGGGCAUCAAACCAUAUCAGCCAUUAUAUUACAGCUUACCCAAUACUAUUGAUAAUUUUCGCGAUUGUAAAUAAAUAAAAUAAAUAAAUUGAAUAAUUGAACUUUUGUCAAGUGAUUACUUGAGGAAUGGAAACAAAGAUUAAUUUAAAGGAAUUUGAAUCAAAUAACUGUAGUCUUCCUAGCUUGUACUUUAAAGUGGAUGCGGUUCAUGUAAAUAAUUAAUUAAUUACUCCUUACACCAUCGAUAAAAUUGACCUUCCUCUUGAUUCGCUCGAAUUUCGAACUCGGAAAAAGAAAUUUUUUCAUGAGAAACACUUGACAAAUAUGUGUCAAGUCUGACCCCCCGCGUCUCGACGGGAAAACAAUCACAGUUGGGGCAUAGUGUUGGCGAACCUCGCACUUUAAUACAUUUUUACUUAUCAAAAAAAUUUUUUUGAGCGUUUUUUAAUGGGAAAAAUAAUGGAAAAAUGGGAUUUUUUGAAGGUAGAAAUGAUUUUUAAAAUACGAAAUUACUCAAAAGCAGUACUUUUGCGUAUUAAAUUUUUUUGUUAAUCGAAAAAAUUUUUUUGACCGAUUUUUUAAUGGUAAAAAAGAUGGAAAACGGGGUUUUUUCGAAAAUAAAAAUUAUUUUUUAAAAUACGAAGUACUCUUUUUCAAAAAAAUCUUUUGACCGAUUUUUUGAAUGAAAUAUGAAAAAAAAGAUGGAAAACAAUAUUUUUUGAAAAUAAAAAUGGAUUUUUAAAACACAAGGAACUUCCAUAAUAAUUAUUUUUGCAUAUAAAGUCUUUAUAUUUAUCAAAAAAAUCUUUUGAACGAUUUUUUUAACAAAAUAUGCGAAAAAAGUUGGAAAACGGGAUUUUUUAAAAUAAAAAUGAUUUUUAAAAUACGGGUUUUUUAUGUCUGUCCUAAAUUUUUUCAUAUUCAUACAUUUUUAUCCACCGAAAAAAAUUUUUGAUCAAUUUUUUAAUGAAAAAAAUUUGAAAAUUCCGAAAAGUCAUCUUUUUUCAAAAAAAUAAUAUUUCUAAAAAUAGAAAGCUGCGAUUAGCGGAAAAUUUGGCCCACAUUUUGUGUUUUGUCCACUCUUUUAUUCGUGAGAAUUUUUAAUUUGCUUUGCAGUAACAGCCGAGAUAUUCAACGAUCUUUGUGGAGAGAGGAAAUGAAAAAUUAGCAAUUUUUGAAAAAAAAAAAAAAAAAAAUAAAUAAAAAAAUACGUCUAAUAAUUCUAAUUUUUAUUUUCAUUAAGUUCCAUAUAUAUACUUGCCGAUUUUUUCGUCGAAAAAAAAAAUUUUUUUUUCAAAUUCAAAAAAUUCCACUUUCAGGAUGUUCGUCCCAAAAUGCGCUCGUUGCCAAGUGGCCCUCAAAUCGACCGACAUGGUCUAUCGGACGCUGAACCUGGCCUUCCACAUCAACUGUUUCCAAUGUUAUUGUUGUGGGCAGCAAUUGAAGAAGGGCGAUCGAUAUCAUUGCGUGGAUGGGCAGAUCAUCUGCUCGGAGGAUUACAAUGUCAUUAUGAGGCCGCAAAAUUCAUGUGGUAGGGAUUUUUUAGGCGAUUUUUUCGAUUUUUUUUUAUUUUUUUAUAAAAAUUUUUGAAUUAAAAAAAAAUUAUAAAAACUUUUUUAUUUAAAAAAAAAUUUCGAUUUUCAAAAAAAAAGAAAAAAAAAAAAUAAAAAAAUAAAUAAAUAAUAAAAAAAGUAAUUUUUUUUAUUUUUGUAAUAAAAAAUUUUUCAAAAUUUUUUUCAAUUUUUUUUAAUUUUUUUUUUAUAAAAAAAUUUACAAUUUCAUAAAAAACAAUUUAAAAAAAUGGAAAAAUAAAUUAUAAAACAUUUUUUUAAUCUUUUAAUAAAAAGUUUUUCGAUUUUCAAAAAAAAAAAAAUAAAAAAAAUAAUUAUUGAAAAUAUAUUUUUUUAUUUUUGUAAUAAAUUUUUUUUCGAAAUUUCAAAAAAUCAAUUUUUUUUUAUUUUUUUUUCAAAAUUAAACUUCGUAUUUUAGAAAACGGAUACAUGCCGACGAUCUCAAUGGAACCCAACUACUCAUGCGGCAGCAGUCGCGACAAGAAGCAACCAAAACGGCCAAGAACCAUUCUGAAUGCGGUUCAACGAAAGGCUUUCAAGUACGCCUUCGAAAAGGGGCCGAAGCCGACCAGGAAGGUGAGUCACGGAAAAAAUAUUGCAGUUUUGGCGUAAAGAAGUUAUCGAGACUUUUAGAAUAAAAAAGAGCCAAAAAAAGCAAACUUUUUUUGUCUCCUCAUUUUCCAUUGCCUCUUGCAAAAAGUUUUGAAUAUCUCGGCCGCCACUGAAGAUGGUUAGCUGAAAUUUUCAGUGAUUUAACUGUCUUCUAUGCAAAGCAUUUUUGCCAAAUUUCAAAAAAAUCAAGCUAUCCAGCUUUGAGAAAUUGCAAUUUUUUUGCAAUUUUCUGUUAUUUUGAAUAUUUCGGCCGCCACUAAAAAUGGUUAGCUGAAAUUUUCAGCGAUUUAACUGUCUUCUAUGCAAAGCAUUUUUGCCAAAUUUCAGAAAAAUCAAGCUGUCGAGCUUUGAGAACUUGCAAUUUUUUGUGAUUUUAUGUCAUUUCUUUCGAUUUUUUUCAUUUUCAUUUUUCAGGUCCGCGAACAGCUCGCCAAAGAGACCGGACUGAGUGUUCGCGUGGUGCAGGUCUGGUUCCAGAACCAACGCGCCAAAAUGAAAAAGGACCAGCGCAAAAAGGAAGGGCAAAAGGGCGCCAAUUCGGUGGGAAGUGCUGUCACUUCCACCGACUCCGAGGCCAAAAGUGUCGUCGGGGAGGAGGAAUUGAAGAGCAUGGGAUCCAUCAAAAGUGAGGACGACUAUGGUAAGGGUUUUCUGGAGCCUUCCGGCUGCAAAAAAAGUGGUGUAUACAUAACGAAAUUUUUUUUUUAAAUAGAAAAAAAAUUGUAAAAAAGUAAAAUAAGAAAAAAAUGCUUAUAAAAAAAGCAAAGUUUUUUGCAAAGGAAACUGCACGGUGCAUAGAAAAAUAACAUUUUUUUUCGCACUGUCCAAAAUUUUUUGACUGCACGGUGCAAAAAAUGUUGAUAAGCAAAAGCGCCAAAAAAUUGUGUUGAAAAGCAAAAUUGCUAAAAAAUUAUUUGGAGUGCUAAGUGAAAAAUUUUUUGACUGCACGGUGCAAAAAAUUGUUUUGAAAAGCGAAAUUGCCAAAAAAAAUUUAGAAAGGUGCAAUUACUGAAAAAACGUUUUUUAAAGCAAAAUUGCCAAAAAAAUUUUGUUUGGAAAGCAAAGUUAAAGAAAGAUUUUUUUGAAUGCAAAGUGAAAAAAAAUUUGAAAGCAAUUGCCAAAAAAAAUUGUUUUGAAAACCAAAUUUGCUAAAAAAAUUAUUUGGAAUGCAAAGUGAAAAAUUUUAAAAAGGAAAAUUGCCAAAAAAAACUUUUUUUGGAAAGCAAAGUUAAAAAAAAAAUUUUUUUGAAAGCAAAAUGUUAAAAAAUUUUUUUUUCAGACUCCGAUACCGAAUCCUUUUCGGACCAUCUGAGUGUCCGCUCCAUUGCUCGAUGCGACUCCUCCGAAAUGCCCGCGGCACUUCCCCCACCCCAGCCAAUCCCCUACCCCAAUGAACAAUAUUCCUCGUCGCCCAUCAACAAGCUGUACGAAAUGCAGCAACAUUACUUUGCUUUCGCUUGA